AUGUUUCACAGACAAGUAGCAAGUUGUCGUGAUGACAUCGGUUCAUUUCUAAGAUUAUCAUGUGAAUCGAUGCAUUCUGAAGAAGUCUCAUUUAGAGAAGGUUCGCCUUUAGCUUUAAGACUAUUCGACGAUUGCAAUGAACCAUUCGAUAAAGUUGUCUUAAGAAGACUUGUCAACUCUGGUUCUGAUAGGAGACGAUAG